CACAGUACUGAGAGGCCCUCUGUCGUUUAAGCGCCGUUUGGAAAUAACGAGCGACCAGGCCAAUGAAAUCUAAAAGUUUCUCAUCUGAUUGAAAUCUACAACAUCCUGGUUGCUAUUUCGGUGCUGUUUUAGCUCUCUUGUCCUGAGGCUGAAGGUCCAGUGACAGCAGCCAUGUUUCUGUACAAUCUGACCCUGCAGCGGGCGACUGGCAUCGCCCAUGCUAUCCAUGGCAACUUCUCUGGAACCAAGCAGCAGGAGAUUGUUGUUUCUCGUGGGAAGAUUCUGGAGAUGUUACGCCCUGAUGCCAACACAGGCAAGGUUCACACGCUACUUACUAUGGAGGUGUUUGGUGUCAUCCGAUCCCUCAUGGCCUUCAGGCUGACUGGUGGAACUAAAGACUAUGUUGUGGUUGGGAGUGAUUCUGGACGUAUUAUAAUCUUGGAGUAUCACCCCUCCAAGAACAUGUUUGAGAAGAUCCACCAGGAGACGUUUGGCAAAAGUGGUUGCAGGCGCAUUGUGCCAGGACAGUUUAUUGCUGUGGACCCUAAGGGCAGAGCUGUUAUGAUAGGUGCAAUAGAAAAGCAAAAGUUGGUAUAUAUUCUGAACAGAGAUGCAGCUGCCCGACUUACCAUCUCCUCCCCUCUGGAGGCACACAAAGCCAAUACCCUUGUCUACCAUGUGGUUGGAGUGGAUGUCGGCUUCGAGAACCCUAUGUUUGCCUGCCUAGAAAUGGACUAUGAGGAGGCGGAUAAUGAUCCCACCGGAGAGGCUGCAGCCAACACACAGCAGACUUUGACCUUCUAUGAGCUGGAUUUGGGGCUUAACCAUGUGGUUCGCAAGUACAGCGAGGCACUGGAGGAACACGGCAACUUUCUCAUUACAGUUCCUGGUGGCUCUGAUGGACCCAGCGGUGUGCUGAUUUGUUCAGAGAACUAUAUCACCUACAAAAACUUUGGAGACCAACCAGACAUCCGUUGUCCAAUACCACGUAGGAGGAAUGACCUAGAUGAUCCUGAGCGAGGGAUGAUCUUUGUCUGCUCGGCCACCCACAAGACCAAGUCCAUGUUUUUCUUCCUGGCCCAGACAGAGCAGGGGGACAUCUUUAAGGUUACCCUGGAAACUGAUGAAGAAAUGGUGACAGAGAUCAGGAUGAAGUAUUUUGAUACCAUCCCGGUGGCCACAGCCAUGUGUGUUUUGAAAACUGGCUUCUUAUUUGUUGCAUCAGAGUUUGGAAACCACUACCUGUAUCAGAUUGCCCAUUUGGGUGAUGACGAUGAAGAACCUGAGUUUUCCUCGGCCAUGCCUCUGGAGGAAGGGGACACAUUUUUCUUCCAGCCCCGACCACUAAAGAACCUGGUGCUGGUAGAUGAGCAAGAAAAUCUUUCUCCCAUAAUGUCUUGCCAGAUUGCCGAUUUGGCAAAUGAAGACACUCCGCAGCUAUAUGUGGCGUGUGGCCGGGGACCCAGAUCUACACUCAGAGUUCUGAGACAUGGACUUGAGGUCUCAGAAAUGGCAGUUUCUGAACUGCCCGGUAACCCCAAUGCUGUGUGGACUGUCAGGAGACAUGUGGAAGAUGAGUUUGACGCUUACAUCAUUGUGUCCUUCGUUAACGCCACCUUGGUACUGUCUAUCGGAGAAACCGUGGAAGAAGUGACAGAUUCUGGUUUUCUGGGCACAACACCCACACUGUCCUGCUCACUACUGGGGGAGGAUGCACUUGUGCAAGUCUACCCCGACGGGAUCCGUCACAUCCGUGCAGAUAAAAGAGUAAAUGAAUGGAAGACCCCAGGGAAGAAGACGAUCGUCCGCUGUGCUGUCAAUCAGAGGCAGGUUGUCAUUGCUUUGACUGGAGGAGAGCUUGUCUAUUUCGAGAUGGAUCCGUCUGGACAGCUAAAUGAAUAUACAGAAAGGAAGGAGAUGUCUGCAGAUGUGGUAUGCAUGAGCUUGGCAAACGUGCCACCUGGUGAACAGCGCUCACGUUUUCUGGCUGUUGGGUUGGUGGACAAUACCGUCCGAAUCAUCUCCCUGGAUCCAUCAGAUUGUCUUCAGCCUUUGAGCAUGCAGGCUCUUCCGGCUCAACCAGAGUCUCUUUGUAUCGUGGAGAUGGGUGGAGUGGAAAAACAGGACGAAUUGGGAGAAAAGGGCACUAUUGGUUUCCUCUACCUCAACAUUGGCCUUCAGAACGGAGUGUUGCUGCGUACAGUUUUGGACCCAGUGACUGGGGAUCUGUCUGAUACUCGUACCCGUUAUCUCGGUUCCCGACCUGUCAAGCUUUUCAGAGUCCGCAUGCAGGGCCAGGAAGCUGUUCUGGCAAUGUCCAGUCGUUCCUGGCUGAGUUAUUCAUAUCAGUCUCGUUUCCACCUUACCCCACUGUCAUACGAAACCUUGGAAUACGCCUCGGGCUUCGCAUCCGAGCAGUGUCCAGAGGGAAUCGUUGCCAUCUCCACAAACACACUGAGGAUUUUGGCACUAGAGAAACUAGGUGCUGUCUUCAACCAGGUGGCAUUCCCACUGCAGUACACAGCUCGCAAGUUUGUCAUCCACCCAGAGACCAACAACUUGAUCCUGAUCGAAACAGACCAUAAUGCCUACACCGAGGCCACCAAAGCCCAGCGCAAGCAGCAGAUGGCAGAGGAAAUGGUGGAGGCCGCAGGGGAAGAUGAAAGGGAACUUGCUGCAGAAAUGGCAGCAGCGUUCUUGAACGAGAAUCUUCCAGAAGCUAUCUUUGGGGCACCUAAGGCAGGUUCUGGACAGUGGGCUUCACUAGUUCGUUUGGUUAACCCCAUUCAGGGCAACACAUUGGACCUGGUGCAACUAGAGCAGAAUGAAGCGGCCUUUAGUGUGGCUGUGUGUCGCUUUUCCAGUGGAGGGGAUGACUGGUAUGUGUUGGUGGGCGUAGCCAGAGAUAUGAUUUUAAAUCCACGCUCCGUCGGCGGUGGAUAUAUUUACACUUAUCGGCUGGCAGGGGGUGGGGACAAGCUGGAGUUUUUGCACAAGACGCCUGUAGAAGACGUGCCCCUUGCGAUUGCUUCUUUUCAGGGGCGAAUUUUGGUCGGAGUGGGCAAACUCCUGCGCAUCUAUGACCUGGGUAAAAAGAAACUUCUCCGCAAGUGUGAAAACAAGCAUGUACCUAACUUGGUGACCGGCAUCUACACUAUUGGACAGCGUGUGAUUGUGUCUGAUAUUCAGGAAAGUCUAUUUUGGGUUCGCUACAGACGUAACGAGAACCAGCUCAUCAUCUUUGCGGAUGAAACGUAUCCUCGCUGGGUCACGACCGCUUGCCUGCUCGAUUAUGACACCAUGGCUGCAGCUGAUAAGUUUGGAAAUAUCUGUGUUGUGCGCCUGCCCCCCAACACUAGUGAUGACGUUGAUGAGGACCCCACAGGGAACAAAGCAUUGUGGGAUAGGGGUUUACUCAACGGAGCAUCACAGAAGGCUGAGGUGAUUAUUAACUAUCACAUAGGAGAGACAAUACUGUCCCUUCAGAAGACCACGCUUAUCCCUGGAGGAUCAGAGUCUUUGGUGUAUACCACGCUAUCAGGAGGCAUUGGGAUACUGGUGCCCUUCACCUCUCAUGAGGAUCAUGACUUCUUCCAGCACUUAGAGAUGCACAUGCGCUCUGAAUUUCCUCCUUUGUGUGGUCGAGAUCACCUCAGCUUCCGUUCCUACUACUUCCCUGUAAAGAAUGUGAUCGAUGGAGACCUGUGUGAACAGUUUAACUCUAUGGACCCCCAUAAACAGAAGAGUGUAGCUGAGGAGUUGGACCGCACUCCGCCAGAGGUCUCUAAAAAACUGGAGGACAUCCGAACCCGCUAUGCCUUCUAAUGUCCCUCUUUCUGGAACGAGCACCAUGAGAAAACCUUUUGUUUUCUCAGGCUUCUGUUACCGUGACCCAAAAAACUUUCCCACCGCAAGUAUAGGAGCAGAAUUUUGGUGCAAGCCGAAAUGUUUCUUUCUUAACUGCGGCCAGAUGUGAGCUCUCACAGUCCCUGUGGUCAUUGACCUUGUCUGUGCUAGACUGACACAAACUGCUGUUGGUACUGUACUUGGUACACAACUUUUUUUUUAGAAGUUGUGUCAGGAAAAUCAUUUUGAAAAGAGAUGUUUAUGCAGAAGGUGAUAUUGACCUGUUAUAAACAUGUGGCACAAGCAAACCUAGAAACUGUCUUUGCAGCUAAAUCCAUGCAUUGUUUGAAUCACAGUCUGCAUUAAACAUUGCAUCAUUAAUAUCUCAACUACAUCCCAGGUUAAAAGAGCCGUUUCCUAUUGUAAAAACAGAAGGUGAAAUUGUAAAAAUAACUUUUUUGUGUGUUCACAGUUGUGUUUUUUUUAAUUUUCGUAUUUUGGGCUAAAAUCAUCAAAUCCCUGUCCUAAAACACUGAAAAAUAUGUGCUGUUUGUCUUGAAGUGUGAGAGGAUUUUGUAAAUAAACCUUUUUACUUUUACUUUGA